AUGGCGACACCACAUUCAUUACCAACUACGUCUCACCGCACCAGCCUCCAGCUGCCGUUCGCGCCGACCCCGAGUCCGAGCCAGCAGAGGUUCUCCAUCAACAUGACCCGACCAAGCAGCGGGAGCUUUUCGGGGAGUGCACCACCGAGCCGUCCAAGCUCUACAGAUCUAUCGCGCUCGCGUUUUACGCACAGCGUGAGCCACAUUGGCGAGUCUGGGGUACCACCCACGGGUCUGCCUCCUUCCGUUUCUUCCCCUCCCCUCCAGCUCCGACCACCUGUGCGUCCUUCGUCUCACGCGGGAGGCAUCCUUCCUCCUGCAUCUUUCUUUCACCCCUCGCGCCCCAGCUAUCCCCCACCUUCCCCCACCACUCCCAACAUGCGUCCAUCAAGUGUCGGGUCUGCGAUAUCCGCCGACCUACCAAUGAUCAUGGACUCCGUGCGCCUCAGUCGACUCUCGGAAGAUCAUGAUGCCUCUGAAGCCACGGAUAGCGUAGGGCAUUCCACCAUGCAAGGCGCGAACGCACCCAUGAGCCCAACGUCGAGGACAGCAACGGUGAAGGCCAGUAGAGAACCGCUACUCCCCAUCGGACCCGGGCCGCGCAGACCCUCGUUGAAUACCCAGAUGGCCCCAUAUGGGACGCACGACGGGACCCUCAGCCCGAGCGGAAUGUUGCGCGGGAGUUUCGAGAAGAUAUUCAAACGCGGGAUAAGCAGCGACGGGAGCCGGCGCUCGCCGGCGCACACGAGCCCGACGAGCCCGCUUGGUCUCACCGUGCCCCAGACAAACGCACGGUCAGGCCAAACGUCCCCGGUCUCGCCUGCGACGGCUGCGCGGAUGACGUUCGAGUUGAACGUGCAGACACGACGGAAACAGAGUCCGUCCCCACAGCCUGACGACUCGUCCUCCUCGCAUUCGCUGGACUUCAACCCCGCUCCGCCAAAUAUCAGCCCGCCACUCGCCGCGACACCCGCAGUGGAUGCGCGCACAGGGAAGCCUGUGCGUAAUUGGCAGCGAUAUCCAUCAAGAAAUCGAUUCUUCUUGAAUGGACACAUCCUCACGGGAGGAGACGCCCCCUGGGCGUUCGUGGCAUCGCUGACGGUCGUGCUCGGGAUUACUGGCGUAUGGUUCGGGACGACGUGCGUAUGGUGGUGGCAGAACGAGAGCGCGGCAGUAGCGAUACUAGGCGCGUACAUGUGUCUCCUAACGAUCUCCAGCAUGGCUGCUACGGCGUUUAGGGACCCGGGCAUUCUACCGAGGAAUUUGGACCCUGACCCGCCGUACGCUGCGCAGAUGUCGAGUGAGAGCGUGCGCGCACCUUUGCCUCGCGACAUCAGGAUCCGUUCGGAGACGGUGCGAACGAAAUACUGCCAAACGUGCAGAACAUACCGACCACCACGGUCGAGUCAUUGUAAAAUGUGCGACAACUGCGUGGAGGGGUGCGACCAUCAUUGCCAGUGGGUGAACAACUGCGUCGGGAAACGCAACUAUACCACUUUUUUCACUUUUCUUACAUCUGCUGUUGCAACCUUGAUCCUCGUGAUCUGCUCGACUGCUAUCCAUUUGUACCUCCUUACUCGCUCACCAUAUCGGCUUAGUUUUCGGGAGGCGCUGCAAACACCUGACGGCGCUGGGAGCGCUGCAGCGUUCGUGAUGUCGUUAUUAGUGAUUUGGCCUGUCAUGGCUCUGUUGCUGUAUCAUUCGCGGAUACGCAACCAGGCGCACAAGUCAUUGUUUCCGGGGCCGGCGCCUGUCAACCCGUUUUCGCAUGGCUCUUGGCGACGCAACCUCGUGUAUGUGCUGAGCCGACCAGCAGGGUACUCGUGGCUAGAUGCAGCGGCGGUCGCGACUGAGGACAGGCGAGAGACGCACAACGGGCCCCCCAUAUCGGGCACAACGAUCGCCCAUUGGUCGUGGGAGACGGCACCGCUCGGCAGGACAAGAGGCAGAUGA